AUGUUGCUGAUGGGCCGACUGUUGUAUUUUAUGGCUUUGCUUCUGAGUGUUGCCUGCGUAUCUGUGGCGGCUGGACCCACCACAACAGAAGAUCAACCUAGUGGUCUUGAAGAUAAUACUGUUGACUGCACUCCUGAAUUACGUGAUUCUACUAAUUCUCGUUGCCCUACACAACCAACAAAAGCUGCUGCUGCUCCUUCUCUUCCUGCUGGUCCUGCUGGUCCCCCAGGUCAACCAGGUGUUGAGGCUCACGGUUCUUCUGUAUCCAUUUCUUCUGGUAGUAGUAUUCAGGGUGUAGAACUGCAAAGAGAACAGCAGAUCCAAGAGGGAUUAAAUGGCCAUAAAUCUGAGGGAAGUGUCAGCAGCGGCACAAAAAUGAAUCUCGACACACCAAAUCAGGGAGGCGGUCCAUCACAAAAAGGCAGUGAGGAAAAGGGAGGACAACUAAGUAAUACUGCCAAAGAGGAAGUGGGUCCUUCAGAUGACGAUAACGGAGACGCCGAGAAAAAUGAUUCUCAAAGUAAUGCAAGCAGUACUGCACAUUCAACAGGGAAACCAAGUGACGUUUCCCAAUCAGAAGAACCUUCAGCUCCCCCACCCCAGAAUACAGGUAAUACUCCUUCUGGCAGUUCAACUGUGGAUAAUCCAGUGGGUUCAGAUGCUGCAAACAAUGUAAAUAACGUUGCCCCUGCAGGUGAUGAAGCAGCAAGUAACCAAAAUGAAGAAGGAGCAGGAGAUACAGAAUCAAACACCACCGCCACCACCACAACAACACUUCCUCCUGAACUCACAAACAACAAGAAGGGUGAUGCAGACAGCAGCAGCAGUAUCAGCAGUUCUGUGUGGGUGCGUGUGCCACUACUGAUUGUGGUUACACUGGCCUGUAUUCUUGUGUGCUGA